ACAAAUUAAAUGCCACUGUUGGCCACUGUCAAUCUAUCUAUGUAAUAAAUUAGAAAGAUUGAUUUAAAUAAUAUAUUUAUGUCUCUCUAAAAUAGAACAGAAUUGUGUUUAAUUUUGCUGUUAAAGUAUUAGAAAUUGACAUAAACUUUAUCUGUUUUACGAGAAAAUGGUGGACGACCUUCGUAAAUAUUUAAAUCAUUUACUAGAGAAAGUCAAUGGUUUACAUUGCAUUUUGAUUACGGAUAGAGAUGGGGUGCCACUGGUACGGGCGGUCACUGAAAGAGCCCCACAGUUGGCACUGAAACCCAAUUUUAUAUCGACGUUUGGAAUGGCGACUGAUCAGGCCAGUAAACUCGGCCUAGGGCGGAACAAGACUAUCAUCUCUAUGUAUUCCAGUUACCAGGUAAUCCAAAUGAACAAACUGCCACUAGUGAUAACUUUCAUUGGAAGUGAUAAUUGUAAUACAGGUCACAUUCUGUCACUGGAAAAUCUAAUUGAGCCAUACUUAAAGGAUCUUUCUACAGUUGUGCAGGAUGCACCUUGAGUUUAAUAUUACUUUUUAGUUCUCUUUUGUAUGCCAUAUUAUUCUACAGUCUAAUUGUAUUAAAAGAUACUGAAUGCAUUAUGAGUUAAUGCACAUCUAAAUUACAAAAGGAAUAAACGUGGAGUAUGCUACACAGCACACAUUGGAUGCAUUGGAUGUGUUCAUAGAUCUUUAAUCGUGUCACUGCGAUUAGAUUAAAGCCAUCUGAACAAAAUUCAUACAGUAAAUUAUUAUGACUGGUAACUUGAAUUUAUGGAAUUUUAGAAACAAAGACAAUAGAUUUCAUAUGCAGUUCAAUAUGAAGUCAACAUGUUGCAAUAAAUAUUUUUGGUCAAUGUCAAAUGAUUCAAUAAUAAUUUCAGUGCAGAGGACUAAAAAAACCGACUUCAAAAGGAAUGGAAUUACAUAUGAUUACCA